AUGGUGAGACAUGUUUCGACGCGUCUCCAAGUCCGACAUGUUAGCAUUGCGCCGUCCAGCUUCCGAUAUCACGUCCCCAAGGUUGUGAAGGAAGCUCAGCCAUCCAUGAAUAACCUGAGACGUACAUCACUCCAGGAGGUGGACAGUAUCACAGCGAAUUCGAAACUAACUAAGAUACUGCGCAUCUGUAAACAGGAUGCUGAGAACUGCCUGCGAGAGCUCAAUGAUCGUGACUCAUUCGAUGUGGAACAUAUCAAUAAAUGGAUCUGGAAGUUUGAGGGCCAGGCACACAAGCUCAAGUCCACCCGUCGCCGAUACAUGGCACUUUGCACAAUGCAAAUUCUCUUGAACAUUGUUUGGAGCCAUUCUUAUCCCUCGAAUCCCAACCGUAUGUCGAUGCGGAUCUUGGGCUUCAUGCAGGAAUUCGAAAGGCGGGAGAUACAAUGGUUUGGCUUACGAGAUGCUUUAAUACAAUGUAUCGAAUCUACACAACGUUCAUACACCAUCUCAGAAGCAUCCAUCUUCCAAUCUAAAGAGGCAGAAGAAGGACAACAGCUGGAGGACCAAGAGAGUUGGCUGAAAAUACAGGCUGCACAAGAUCAACUUCGACGAGCCCGAGCCAUCAUGCAAGCCUCCGAUGCCCUCCUUUUGGAGUCCCUAUAUGCGUUAAAUUCCCGAGUCCUGAGAAGAGUUAUCGACGAUGCAAUGCUGGUCACCGAGACCCUUGAAAUGAUCAACAACCGAACAUGGCUGGAGGAACACCUGGCAACCGCGCAGGAGUAUUUGUCUAGCUUGCAAACCGAAAUAUCCCUGAUAACUGGAUCAUCCACUCCGUCGCUCAAUGAUGACGACAGAUACGAACUAGAGUCUAUUAUGAAGCUCUAUGAUCUGUAUCUUACUAUUGACAAGAUGCAUUUAAACUAA